AUUAGCGGAGGAAGAAGGUUGUAAAUUUAAAACUCCUCUAAAUACAGGGCAGAGAACAGAGAGAGAGAGAGAGAGAGAGAGAGAGAGAGAGAGAAUGGCAGGCACGUCUAGUCUUCUCACGCGAGGCUUCAGCACCCUAUCCCUCAGCACUCACUCCAUCUCUCCAAUCCUAAAACCAUCCCCUUGUUCACCCCAAACCCACUUGGGCCACAGCACUACAAUCCACAGAAGAGCUAGAUUCACCUUCCACGGUCCAACGAAAGCGGGAACCAUCACGGUUCGAGCCAUGACCGCUUCUUUCGGCUCUCGAUUGGAAGAGACCGUCAAGAAGACAAUCACUGAAAACCCAGUCGUCGUCUACUCCAAAACUUGGUGCUCGUACUCGUCCGAGGUGAAAUCACUGUUCAAACGGCUCGGUGUGCAGCCACAUGUUGUUGAGUUGGACCAACUAGGUCCCCAAGGACCACAACUGCAGAAGGUUCUAGAAAGGCUAACAGGACAACAUACUGUCCCAAACGUUUUUAUUGGGGGAAAACACAUUGGCGGUUGUACAGACACUGUUAAGCUAUAUAGAAAAGGGGAGCUUGAAUCUUUGCUGUCAGAAGCUGGUGCCAGCAAAACAGAAAGCUAAAAGCCUUGAUCUUCUCAUUCUUUGAAGAUUGGCUUUCUUUGGUGUCCUUGGGGCUUCAUAACAAGAAUAUGGAAUAUUUCUCUCUUUAAGAAGUGAAAUUCUUUUCCAGUGAGAUCAAUUCGUUGUUGCGGUCCAGAAGAGAUACUUAUGUAUCUGCUAAAUGAAAGUGUAUAUUGGACUCGUGGAAUUUCAUUGACAACGUCGAUUGCAUUCGAACCUUGUUUUGUUCUUUCAGUACUAUCUGACGGUGGAAGCAUGGCUUUCGAUCGAAAAUGGCUUGAAUGAAUGAACUUUUCUUCUUA